AUGCGUUGGCUACAGAACCUCGCCCUUUGGGCGUUGGUCGCUCCCUUUGCGCAGGCUAAUGUUGCCGACCCGGCCUAUGACGCCGCACCCACCCACGAGGAGUUUGUCUUGUUCCGCAGCGCCAACAUGGCUUCGCCCGACAAGCUUUCCACCGGCAUUGGCUUCCACUCGUUCCGUAUCCCGGCCGUCGUCCGCACGGCCACCGGCCGGAUUCUCGCCUUUGCCGAAGGCCGCCGCCACGACAACCGGGACUUUGGCGACAUCAACCUAGUCUACAAGCGCACCAAGACCACCACCAGCGGCGGUAAGACGGCGGGAGAUUGGGAGGGCCUCAAGGAGGUCGUCGGCUCUGGCGACGGUACCUGGGGUAACCCUACCGCUGUGGUGGAUGGCAACACCAUCUACCUUUUCCUGUCCUGGAACAGUGGUGCAUACAGCCAGAAGGGCAAUGACGUUCUCCCCGACGGUACCGUUACCAAGAAGAUCGACAGCACCUGGGAAGGCCGUCGCCAUCUCUACUUGACGCAGAGCACCGACGACGGCGCUACGUGGUCCAAGCCCCAGGAUCUCACCAAGACUCUGACCCCGGACGGCCAGGCCUGGGACGCCGUCGGCCCCGGCAACGGCAUCAAACUGACCACCGGCGAACUUGUCAUCCCCGCUCAAGGCCGCAACAUCAUCGGCACCGGCCCCGCCGGCAACCGCACUUGGACCAAGCAGAUCCUCUCGGGGGCUGGAUCGGAAGCCACCAUCGCUCAGACCCCCGACGGCAAGCUCUACCGCAACGACCGCCCCAGCUCGACGCAGUCCACUUACCGGAGGGUGGCGCGCGGCACGCUCUCCGGCUUCGGCUCCUUCUCCUCCGACACCGGUCUGCCCGACCCGCGGUGCGAGGGUUCGGUACUGCUGUACAACACCAAGGAUGCUAACGGGCCGGCGCGCACCAUCUUCCUGAACUCUGCCAGCGCCGACAGCCGGUUGGCCAUGCGGGUGCGCAUCAGCUACGACGAUAACGCGGCCAAGUUCAACUACGGCCGCAAGCUGUCCGAUGCAUCCGUGUCCGGGGUGGGCAACCAGGGCGGGUAUUCGAGCAUGUGCAAGACGCCCGAUUUCAAGAUUGGCGCGUUGGUGGAGAACGAUCUCUACAACGACAAGGGCGGCAAGAACUCAUACCGCUCGAUUACUUGGCGGCGGUUCAACCUGUCUUGGAUUCUUCACGGGCCUAACAACUAG